GAGUCGCGAAGCGGCCGCGCAGACGUCACCACAGCACCACAGCCGUCAGUGUUUGCCGCAUCCUCAGACUCACUCUCACCAGCCGCAGUCACAGCUGCAGGACCUUCCUGGACCAGCUCUGUCGCAGACUGCGCAACUACCAGACCACUGCGGCAAACAAGCCCAGCCGAGCCGAGCACUAGCCAUGGCCGACCCCGAGAAGCAGGGACCCGCUGAGAGCCGUGCCGAAGACGAGGUAAUGGAGGGCGCCCAGGGUGGCGAGGAUGCCGCAGCCGGUGACGGUGCCGCUGCACCCGCGGCUGAGGAGCCACAGGCUCCCGCGGAGAAUGCGCCCAAGCCCAAAAAUGAGUUUAUCGAGAGCCUGCCCAAUUCUGUCAAGUGCCGGGUUCUGGCGCUCAAAAAGCUGCAGAAGCGCUGCGAUAAGAUAGAGGCCAAAUUUGACAAGGAAUUCCAGGCUCUGGAGAAAAAGUACAACGACAUCUACAAGCCCCUACUCGCCAAGAUCCAGGAGCUUACCGGAGAGAUGGAGGGCUGCGCGUGGACCCUGGAGGGAGAAGAUGAUGAUGAUGAUGAUGAAGAUGACGACGACGAGGAGGAGGAAGAGGAGGCUGCGGCAGGCGCAACUGGGGGUCCUGACUCCGCCAAGAAGUGAGCACAGCAGCUGACAGACUGAUGAACGGUUGUCAGUUAGAUGUGAGCUAAAGUGCGUCACACGUUGAAAUCCAUUCAUCACACCACACCUGACCACCCAAGCUUAGACUGAACUCUUCUCAAUGCUUAAUUCUUCAGUUUCUUUACAUUUCCAGAGCAGAGAAAAAGGAACCCAAGAACGACGUCAUCUUUAAGACUUUGCUUUUGCAAACCCAGACAUCAGCUUUACAUUCCAGAGGAGACUUGGCAUGGAGGAAGUAUGGACUGACAUCAUGAGACUGUUUCUGAGGCUAGGGAAACUGCCAUUUCAAGUUGGGAAAACGUUUUGAAUAUUUGAAAUUACAGAAAGAAUAUGGUUCCAAAAAAGAGGGUGUAUUACAUGUACAAUAUUGUCAACACGUGUUCAUUUGUUAUGGUCUCAUGUUAUCUGUUUUCUUGGCAGUGUUUGUUUACAAAAUCGUAAAAGUUACCCCAAAUGUUUUAAGUAUUAAAUCACCUUAAUAGCAUUUUAGAAAUAUAAUUUACUUGAAGAGAUGUAGAAUGUAGCAAUUCUGUAAAGCAUGUGUGUCCAGUGUUACGCAGUUUGACCUUUUGUGAAGUCUUUUUGUCUUGUAGCUUUUAGCAAGUAGCUGUGAAACCAUCAGAACUCAAUGAAGCUAAUGUUUGGGAAAAAUAUAUACUUGAAGAGUCAAUCCAAGUGUGUAUCCCAUCCCCAGCUCAGAAAUAGAAAGGGUUUAAGUUUGCUUGUAUUAGCUGUGCCUUCAUUAUUUUGCUAUGUAAAUGUGAUAUAUUAAAUGGUGCAUAAUCAAAUUUUAUUGCUUGAGGACAGAAUGGCAUACAGGAAGGACUUUUGGGAAAAGACAUUUAAUGUAAAGGCCUUUAGCUUCUUUGUGGGUUUUGAAUUAUCUGUGAACCAAUGUUCUGUAAAGAAACACAAACAUAAAAGUUGUUUACCACUGUGGUGUUAACAAAAUAGUAUUUUCAAAAAAUAAAGACUUGUUAUUCUGACUGCC